AUGGCCAAUACAACUAUUCUACCCAAUUGUAUUGUAAUAACUGCAAAUCCGGAACCUUAUCAGCAUUUCGCCCAGAUAGUUAACGGAUGGAUGACAACCAUCUGUGUCGUUCUGGGCAGCUCCUUCAACAUUCACGGAAUACAUAGUGUUAUAAUGAAUGCUGAUAAGAACCGAGGAGUUGUCUUAGGUGUUUCAAUGGUUUUUCUUGGUUUAUGGGAUACUGUUCUAUUAUGGUGUGCUUUUUUCUAUUAUGGAAUCAAACAUAUGCCAUUCGGAUUUGUGAGCACUGAAAUGCUGAAUCAUCUGACGCCGUGGUUUCAUGCAUUUUCACAAAUCGCAAAUACAGCAUCGAUAUGGUGUGUGGUUGCAAUAACAUUACAAAGGUUCAUGGCUACACGAGAUCCUUUUCGGUCAAGCAGAUCGCCAGCAUUUGCUCAUUCUUUUCGUAGUGAACGACGAAUAUCUUUCAUCUCAUGUUCAACAUAUCGUCGAUUGUUACGGAUGCCUUUCAUACUCUCUUUGUGUGCCAUAAUCAUCAAUGUGCCAGCUUUUUUUGAGAUAAUUGCUGCGCCCUGCUUCAGCAGAGUGCAUAACAAGAAAUCAGUUCAUCUCAUCGUCACACCAUUCCGACGAGAUGCCAUGUACAAAAUGUAUCGCCUACUAUCUCGAAUGAUUCUCAUUUCCAUUGGGCCGAAUAUUUUUAUUUUAUGUGUUACAUUAAUAACUAUUUAUAUUCUGAAAGGAUCAAACCGAUCACGAAGACAAUUAUUCCAAAUGAGCGAUAUGCUGAUUGAGCGUCAUGCCUCCAGAGAAACAACACAAACAUGGAUAUCCAUAAUAUUGGUUUUCAAAUUUCUCCUUUUACGGAGUUUGACAUUCGCUUUGGACAUCAUGGAAAUGACAAUUGGAGUGACGAAUUUCUUCGUUGUCGAUAUUAGCAACUUUCUGUUAAUUCUCAAUAGCGCAACUAACUGUAUUCUAUUUCUCAAAGCUAAGCAAUGGAUGGACAAUCGAUGGCAUGAGAAAAAAACAAUAAAAAGGAAGAAAACGUUAUGCGAUGCUAGCCUUCUACAAGGUGAACGUGCUGCCAUUCUUCAUAAGACGUGGCAAAAUGCUCUGCGCAUGACCAACAGUCAGCUUGGCCUUCGCGUGCUGUACUCAAUGCUUCGGAAACAUCCAGCAUUAUUCAACGUAUUCCGAAUGCCGAAUCAGACUAUUUAUUCGACGGACAAGUGUCCUGUUGAACCGGAAUUGGUUUCGCUACUCACCAAUGGUCAACGGCGAAGCUUUGAUAUCAUUACAAAUACGAAAUAUCAGGAAGUUGCCGAUAGAAUAACUACAUUCAUAACCGAAAUGAUUGAUUUGAUGAUGAGAGGACAACCAGAAGAGUACGUCGUCAUGAGAGUUCGACGAAUCGGAGCAAUUCAUUAUGAUAAAGGGAUUCAUUUCUCAUCGUCUGUAUGGAAGGAAUUCAAAAAUAGUACAAUUUCCAUAAUUGCCGAAUGUGAUUUUGAUUCUCAAGCGGAACGUGAUGCUGCCAUGGAUGCAUGGAAUAUUUUCACUUCAUUCAUCAUACGGGAAAUGAAAAUGGGUACUUGGGCUAUUGGAGAAACACUUGGAACAAUGCCUUGA